CACUUUAUUGUUUCCUUAACAAGCACAGUUGAGGUAAUAUUUAACACUCCCGCUCUAUUCGACUCUCGGGAGCGUCAGCGCGCAACAGAGAAACCGAAUUGCUCUGUAAUAUAACGGAAUUCUGAACCAAUACUCUCGCAUUUCACUCUAAGAUGGGGGUUGGAAAAUGGGUUCUGGCAGCAUUUGGGAUCGUAGUGAUCGUUGUGUUAAUAGCUGUUCCAACAGCCAUUUUACUCAACGUGGAUAAAACUGAAUCCCAGAGGACUUUUACUUUAGAAGAUUACUUCAAUGGAACUGCAAGAACCAAGUCAUACAACAUGCGAUGGGUCUCAGAUGAUGAAUAUCUUCACAAGACAGGAGAAGGUUCAUUGCAUCUGAUCAACGCAACCACAGGAAAUGGAAGGGAAUUCGUGAAUCAGCAGAUAUUUUCCCGUGUGGCAGCUUUUGAUUACAUGGUGUCAGCCGAUCGAAAAUACGUCUGUUUCCUGAGCAACUACACUAAGCUAUGGAGACACUCCUACACUGCAUCAUAUUCCAUCUAUGACCUGGAAAAAAGGGAUUUUAUAAAUACAGAUAUCCCACAUGAAAUCCAGUACCUAGCAUGGUCGCCAACCGGCCACAAACUGGCUUUUGUGUGGCAAAACAACGUCUUUGUGAAAGAAACGCCCACCUCUGCAUUCAGGCAGGUCACUACUGAUGGAGCCCACAACCUGAUCCUCAAUGGCAUUCCUGACUGGGUGUACGAGGAGGAGAUGUUCUCCACCAACUUUGCUCUGUGGUGGUCACCAAAUGGGAGGUUUGUGGCAUACGCCAAAUUUAAUGACUCAGGAGUCCACAACAUUGAGUAUACAUGGUACGGAGAAGGCCAAUAUCCAAAUACGGUCUUAAUACCAUACCCCAAGGCCGGAACCCCAAACCCAACUGUCAAACUCUUUGUCUUGGACACAAACACAACCAUAACCAAUGAAGUCCUGGUUCCCAGUGAUGUUGGUGCAGGAGAGCACUACCUGAGCACUGUUACAUGGGCGUCAGAUGAGCGAAUUGCAGUGCAGUGGCAGAAGAGAACGCAGAACUAUGUCGUUUUGAAGACGUAUGACUUCAGCGGCAAUGCUUGGACAGAAAGUUCACUGAGCCAGGUUAUCACAAGCAGCACGGGUUGGGUUGGCCGGUUUUCUCCCGAUGAACCUGUCUUUCGGCCGGACAGCAGCAGUUGUUAUUACAUUAUGAGUGAUGAGAAGCAAUUUAAGCAUCUUGUUUAUUUCAGUCCAACAGUAAGGUCGUUCCUGACAACAGGAAAUUGGGAGGUCACUAGCAUCCUUAAGGUCACAAACGAUGCUGUAUACUAUGUGAGUAACGAACACAAUGCGAGUCCGGGCCAAAGGAACGUUUACAAAAUGACUAUAAAUGUUGAUUCUCAUUCUGAGCGUGAGUGUCUGACCUGUACCCUCAAUGUGGACCGGUGCAAAUAUAAUUCUGCCCUGUUUAGCACUAAAGGAAGCUACUACCUCAUGAGUUGUUCUGGGCCUGGACUGCCUCUGCAUACACUGAGAAACAGCAGAGAUGGAACAGAGGUGAGAGUUCUUGAAGACAACAAAGAUUUGGAAAAUACUCUGCAGGAUAUCGCAAUGCCGUCUGUUACGCAUGGCACACUGAAGAUCGGAGAGUUUGACCUCUGGUACCAGAUGAUUCUGCCUCCCAAAUUCGACAAAUCCAAAAAAUAUCCUCUGCUUAUUGAUGUAUAUGCAGGCCCCUGCAGUCAGAAGUCAGAUUUCCGGUUCAGGGUGGGAUGGUCCACAUACUUGGCCAGCACGGAGAAAGUGAUUGUGGCCAGCUUUGAUGGGAGAGGAAGUGGUUACCAAGGAGACAAAAUCAUGCAUGCCCUCUACAAACGACUCGGCACUUACGAAGUUGAGGAUCAGAUAACAGCUGCUAGACAUUUUAUUGACAUGGGCUUCAUAGAUAAAAACAGGGUUGCCAUCUGGGGCUGGUCUUACGGCGGUUACGUCACUUCCAUGGUUCUGGGAGCCGGAAGUGGAGUUUUUAAAUACGGAAUGGCCGUCGCUCCGGUCUCUAAAUGGGAGUAUUAUGACUCUAUUUACACUGAGAGGUACAUGCUGACGCCAGCGGAGAACCAGGCCUUUUACGAUAAUUCCACAGUGACGGGAAGAGCCAAGAACUUUAAAUCGGUCCAGUACCUCCUGGUGCACGGCACCGCUGACGAUAAUGUUCACUUCCAACAAGCUGCUCAGAUCUCUAAAGCGCUCGUGGAUGAACAAGUGGACUUUGAUACAAUGUGGUACACUGAUGAAGACCACGGUCUCGGUGGCUCGGCCAAUCGGCACGUCUACACUCACAUGAGUCACUUUCUGAAAAACUGCUUUGCUUGAACUUGUGAAACUUUCCAUUGGACCAAAAAAUCCCACCCAGAAGCCCCAGCACUGAAUCCACAUUACUUCCAGACCACUUCACGCACUUAAAACACGUCAGGAGUGUGCGACUCCCCAUCAGCAGCCACUGAAUCCACAAGAACCCUGUAGCUACUGUACUGUGAUGCAAUAACGGACUCCUUUAGUCACGUUUAUCAGUUUCAAAUGUAUAGUCUGAACAACUGAGUCAUGAGUCUUUAGUACACCGAAAAAAAACAUAGAAAUACUUACUGG